CCCCUGGGCAGACGGGGAACUUGAACCGGUCCAGCCUGUUUAAACGGAAAGGACAGAGAGCCUGUCUGUUCCUUGUUAAAAAAAAAAAAAAAGAAAGAAAGAAAAGAAAAGAAAGAAAGAAAAGAAAGAAAAGAGAAAGAAAAAGAAAGAAAAGGGAGGGGGGACAUCAGAUCCGAGCGAGAGAGAACGAGAGAAAGAGAGCGAGAGGGAGAGGGAGAGAGGAGAGAGGGUGGGAGAGAGAGAGGGGGGAGAGCAGAGAGAGAGCGCGCGAGCGCGGCGAGCGAGCGAGCGAGAGAAGAGAAAGAGAGAGAGAGCGAGCGAGCGAGCGAGCAGAGAGCGAGAGGAGAGCGAGGUGUAGAGAAACCGAGGGGGAGAGAGAGCCCGAGUGUGCGUAUGCGUGUGCGUGUGUGAGCCAGAGCGAGCGAGGGAGAGGGAGAGUGCGAGCGAGAAAGAAUAAAAGGAAAGAAGAUUUUUUCUCUAUGUAUAUAAAGAUGGCCACGUUAGCAAACGGACAGGCUGACAACGCAAGCCUCAGUACCAACGGGCUCGGCGGCAGCCCGGGCAGCGCCGGGCACAUGAACGGAUUAAGCCACAGCCCGGGGAACCCGUCGACCAUUCCCAUGAAGGACCACGAUGCCAUCAAGCUGUUCAUUGGGCAGAUCCCCCGCAACCUGGAUGAGAAGGACCUCAAGCCCCUCUUCGAGGAGUUCGGCAAGAUCUACGAGCUCACGGUUCUGAAGGACAGGUUCACAGGCAUGCACAAAGGCUGCGCCUUCCUCACCUACUGCGAGCGUGAGUCAGCGCUGAAGGCCCAGAGCGCGCUGCACGAGCAGAAGACGCUGCCCGGGAUGAACCGGCCUAUCCAGGUGAAGCCCGCGGACAGCGAGAGUCGAGGAGGUAGUAGCUGCCUGCGCCAGCCCCCUUCACAAGAUAGAAAACUCUUCGUGGGCAUGCUCAACAAGCAGCAGUCUGAGGACGACGUGCGCCGCCUCUUCGAAGCCUUUGGAAACAUCGAAGAGUGCACCAUCCUGCGUGGGCCCGACGGCAACAGCAAGGGGUGCGCCUUUGUGAAGUACUCCUCCCACGCCGAGGCGCAAGCGGCCAUCAACGCUUUGCACGGCAGCCAGACCAUGCCGCUGUCGGGGCUGCAGGGAGCUUCAUCAAGUCUGGUGGUCAAGUUCGCCGACACUGACAAGGAGCGCACCAUGCGGCGAAUGCAGCAGAUGGCCGGCCAGAUGGGCAUGUUCAACCCCAUGGCCAUCCCCUUCGGGGCCUAUGGAGCCUACGCACAGGCACUGAUGCAGCAGCAAGCGGCACUAAUGGCGUCGGUCGCGCAGGGCGGCUACCUGAACCCCAUGGCUGCCUUCGCCGCCGCCCAGAUGCAGCAGAUGGCGGCCCUCAACAUGAAUGGCCUGGCGGCUGCACCCAUGACCCCAACCUCAGGUGGCAGCACCCCUCCGGGCAUCACUGCACCAGCCGUGCCUAGCAUCCCGUCCCCCAUUGGGGUGAACGGCUUCACUGGCCUCCCCCCGCAGGCCAACGGGCAACCUGCUGCGGAAGCUGUGUUUGCCAAUGGCAUCCACCCCUACCCAGCGCAGAGCCCCACCGCGGCGGACCCCCUGCAGCAGGCCUACGCUGGAGUGCAGCAGUAUGCAGGUCCCGCCGCCUACCCUGCUGCCUAUGGUCAGAUAAGCCAGGCCUUCCCUCAGCCGCCUCCAAUGAUCCCCCAGCAACAGAGAGAAGGGCCCGAGGGCUGUAACCUGUUCAUCUACCAUCUGCCCCAGGAGUUUGGGGACGCUGAGCUGAUGCAGAUGUUCCUCCCUUUCGGUAAUGUCAUCUCCUCGAAAGUGUUUGUGGAUCGGGCGACUAACCAAAGUAGAUGCUUUGGCCACCAGAGUCACCUUGGUGAGGAGUCAGAAAGAGGAAGCCGGUCCUCAGGAAGGCUCAGCCCCAACUCAGCUGCGAAACAAGCUGCCCUGCAGAGCAGGCUUCGUGAGCUUCGACAACCCGGCCAGCGCGCAGACCGCCAUCCAGGCCAUGAACGGCUUCCAGAUCGGCAUGAAGAGGCUCAAGGUGCAGCUGAAGCGGCCCAAAGACGCCAAUCGCCCGUACUGAGCGCCGGGGGUGUCCCCCGGGGGAGACCAGGACUCACACAGGGCCAGUCAAAUCCACCACAGUCUCGCGCUGAGCUAGGAAUAAAGUUCACGUAAUCACAUGAGAGUGGAGAAAACAGUCCCCCCAUCCGGCAGGAUGCUGAAUGGGCUACAUUAAAAAAUCAAACCUCUCUCUCUCUCUAUUUAUAAAUGAGAACUGUUGGAUGACACCUUUGACAUAUCAGCCAAUAUCAAUCAAGCUGAAGACUCCAGACACUCUCUGUGACUGUAACAUUUCUUGAAGGAAAGUAUAGCGUCUGCGGAGUUCAGAGGGCACGUGUUUGGGGGGAAAAAUACAUAUGACAUAAAGAAGAAGAAGAAGAUGAUGAUGAUGAUGAUGAUGAUGAUGAUGAUGAUGAUGAUGAAGAAAAACAAAACAACACAACACACAAAAGGCAACUUUUAAACAAAAUAACUUGCGACCAGAUGGGGAGGCUGACGGACUGGGAGCUGGGAAGAGACGCUGCUUACCGAUCCCUGGGGCUCUGCAGCCCAUGGGCGCCUGCGGCAGGCUGGGGCAAGCGGUGUGACGGGGCCUGGUCCCCAGGGGGCGGCUGGGAGGCCGCCGGGAGCAUCUCUAUCUGUCAUUCCUUUAGCUAUUUAGGGACCAAAGGACCAAACUUUUUAUUGCAGAUGUGUAGCUCUAUGUCAAAUAGAGGGGGGACGGAGGAGAACCUCCUUCCUGCCUUAUGGCUGUUCCUGGAACAGCUUAGAGCGAUUCUAUGAAAAUAAAAUGUAAUUAAAAAAAUUAAAAAAAAAACAAAAAAAUACAAAAACGAAAAAAGGGAAAAAAAAUAAUGCUUCAAUGCUUUUAAAACAGCAAGAUAAUAGUUCUUUGAUACUUUGAGAGGCGCUUUGAUUACCCUCACUCAAGUCUAUGACACUUUCCUAUGGUUUUCUGUAUUAUAUGUCUGGAUGGAGCUGUUGGAUGAACAAAUUGGUGGAUAUUUGGGGAAAGCAACAAAAAUAUUACAACUCACUAACCGUGAAGUGGGAGGAAAACAGGAGGGGAACAAAAGGACUUCUGAGGCAAGAUGAUUGUUGUGAAAAGUCUGUAAAUGCUUCUCUUUCCCCCUCUUAAAAUCAUAAUAGUUGUACAGAAUUUUAAAAAGGAAAAGUUUAAAAUACCUAUAUCAUAGAAGAAAAAUUAGAGGAAAGCAAAAAAUAAAAAAAUAAAAAAUAAAAAGGAAAAAAAAAAACUAUAGAAGUUAGCGUUACUGCUAAAAUCCCAGAUGUUGUAGGACUGUACUUUUGUAGAGUUUAGACUGAGCAUCAAUCCCUUCUCCCUGCGAGUGUUGUCGGACGCCGUCGUCCCCGAGGGCCAGGCUGGACUGGCCGCCCCUGCCUGGUAAGGCCGCGCCGUCUGUCCGUCCGUCUGUCCAGCCGCAGGAAGGGCCACCGCCUCCACCCUCGCUUCGCUCCGGGAGCUGCGCCCGCCCUGCAAGCCCUGACACCUUCGCUUCUCUCGCCUUCCGCGCUUGCUCCAGAGACUUUCCGGGCAAGGGAGACCUGGGAACUUUCAUCUCAAAACAACACACACACACACAAAAACCUUAAACAAGAGAGAGAAACAAACAAACAAUCUUUGAAGAAUUUCUGAAACUGUUUACAAGGAAUUUUGAAAAACAGGGAUGUUUAAAUGAUGCCGGCUCUGUUUUUCUGUAAAUAAAUUUGCAUAUUUUGUAGGACUUUUAAUUGUAAUGAUAGAGAAAAAAAAACAAGGAAAACUAUUUAAUGAAAGCACGAUAUUUAUCUUUGGUAAAUGACUUUAGAGCAGUUAAAAAAAAAGACAUUGCUUAAAAAAACUCAGAAUCAGAAAAAAAACACUGACUUAUUUAAGAACACAUAUAUUUUAAAGUAUAACAUAUUUAUUAUAAUUUAUCCUCACCGUUGGGAAGACUUGCUUUGGCGUUCGGCCGAUGCCCACUCACGGACGUCAUUUCAUCUGGAGGCUGGGACACUCGGGCCAUCUUUAUCUUUUUUGCUUCUCAAGAAAAACUCUCGACUUCCUCUCAGGCCUCCUGACUUGCCUUUCUUUCUAUUUUGUUUCGGUUUGAUAUAUGGUUUUUUUUUUUUGGUUCAUUAUUACUUUUUAAAUUUUCAUUUUCUUUUCUCUUGGCUCCUCCUUUUAGGAUGUCCAGAUGUUGUAAAAAAAAAAAAAACAAAAAACAAAAAAAACAAAAAACAAAACACCAAGACGCCACCACAAAGCUGCAGUUCAGUCUGACUGCUCUUUUCACACUCAACUCCCUAAAACUCCUUGUAACCUGUAACUAUUGGAUGACGCUUUCUCCAGCUUAGCCCUAAAUAAAGCACAGUUUAAAACAAACAA